UUUUCCACACGUGGUUGUCUACUGCAACAACGUAGGUUGCUGCAGCUCCACAAUAAAUUUGAUUCAAGCUUUCAAGAGCUUAUAAAUAUUAUUUUAGAUCGUUUUGCGAACUUUUCAAUCAUAAAAUGGUGAGACACAAUAACCAGCUACCUACAAAUCUGCCACAGUUGCAAAAUUUGCUGAAGCGAGAUCCUGCAUCGUACAAAGAUGAGUUUAUGCAACAGCAUCGCCAUUACAAUUCAACAAGGUUGGUCUUUGAAAUGAAACCUGACCAAUAUAAUAAAGAUCUUGAUGACUUAGUAAUGUUUUUGGCCCAGGUAUCCCAUUGUUUCCCUGAAGAUUUGAAGGAAUAUCCACAGGAAUUAAUGGAUAUUUUACAGCGACACCCAACAACUCUACAUCCUGAUAUGCGAAAAACAUUUUGCAGGGCUCUCAUCUUGCUGCGUAAUAAGAAUCUGAUUUCUCCGACAUCUUUGUUGACCCUAUUUUUUCAACUUCUUCGCUGCCCUGACAAGGAACUAAGAGCUUUUCUAAAGAAUCACAUUAUCACAGACAUAAAAAAUGUGAAUUCAAAAUCAAAGAAUAUCAAACUGAAUAAUGUCCUCCAAAACUUCAUGUUUGCCAUGCUGAAAGAUUCAAAUAUCACAGCUGCAAAGAUGUCUCUGGAUGUAAUGAUUGACCUUUACAAAAAAAAUAUCUGGAAUGACCAAAAGACUGUAAAUGUUAUUGCUACUGCAUGCGUAUCUAAAACUACAAAGGUUAUGGUUACAGCUUUACAAUUUUUCAUGGGUUCUGACGAAAAACAAGAAGAUUCAGACAGUGAGGCCGAGAACGAAAACGUCAUAAUCAGGGAAGUUGGUAUGGCCGCCCGAGUAAAUAAAAAAUCUCGAAAACGUGAGAAGCAAAUGGAGAAAGUAAAAAAGACAUUAAAGAAACGCAAUAAUUCAAAGAAGGCCCCGGUGUUUAAUUUCUCUGCCAUACACUUGAUCCGAGAUCCCCAAAGUUUUGCUGAGCAGUUGUUUAAACAUGUCGAGGGAAUGAACGAACGCUUUGAAGUCAAAGUCAUGGCGUUAGACGUGAUUUCUCGACUCAUAGGCAUCCACCAGUUAUUCAUCUUUAAUUUCUACCCAUACUUGAAUCGUUUUCUACAGCCACACCAAAGAGAUGUGACGAAAAUGCUGCUGUUUGCUGCGCAGGCUUCCCACGAGCUGUUGCCACCUGAUGUCCUCGAGCCGGUUGUGAGUGCCAUAGUCAACAAUUUUGUAACUGAGCGGAAUUCCGCAGAAGUAAUGGCCGUUGGGCUGAACUCGAUUAGAGAAAUAUGUGCCAGAUGCCCACUGGUAAUGAACGCCGAACUGCUUCGCGAACUCGUCGAUUACCGCACUUCAAAACAGAAGAGUGUCAUGAUGGCUGCCAGGUCCAUACUGCAGUUGUACCGGAUUGUUAAUCCUGAAUUGUUGCCACGUAAAGAAAGAGGCCGGCCCACAGAAGCUAUGAGCGAGUUGACCAUUAAAGCCUAUGGAGCUGUGGAUGCCAAAGAUUAUAUUCCUGGCGCAGAGGCACUGAAUCCGGAUGAUGAAAAUGCCAACCCGGAUGACGAAAAAGAUGAAUCAGCAGCAGAUGAUGAAAGCGAUGACGGUUGGGUCGAUGUUUCACACUCCGAUGACGGUGAAGAGGUUGACACUGAUUCUGAAGUUGAGGACAGUGAUGAGGACGACGAAGAAGCCAACAGUGAUGAAGAAGAAGUGGACAGUGGUGAAGAAGGUGGGAGUGAUGAAGAAGGUUCUGAUGACGAGGAUGGUGAUGAAGAAGGCUCUGAUGAUGAGGAUGGCGAUGAAGAUUCAGAUAGUGGAGAAGAAUCAGAGGAUGGUGGUGUUGUUGAAAAAAGAGUCAGACGCCCAAUGACUAAACAAGAAAAGAAAAAACAAAAGAGAAUCAAUAAAGAUUUGAAAAGAUGUCGAAAGAAAACUGUUGCUGCUGCCGAGGAUCCCAGUGUCAUUGAAGAAAGGAAAACAAAAGCGGCCGCAGUCAGUUUAAGUCGAAUCCUUACUGACAAAGACUUUGCAAAAAUCGAUGCUGCCCAGGUAAAGAAGCAGUUGGAUGCCUCUAAAGCUCGCCAAAAGAGAAAAGUGGCUGAUGACUUGGACGACACAAUAAAACGGGGUGAGUUGGUCCGACUGGACGACAUCGAAAAAGUCUACAAGAAACGCCGCCACGAUAAGGAUUCUCGCCUCGCAACAGUCUUGGAAGGACGUGCUGACCGUGAAAAGCCUACGAGAAAGCCUAAACGUCAAAAUCCUAACGCCAGCACAACAAAUCGAGAAAAGAUCAAGAAGAAGAACUUUAUGAUGUUGAAACAGAAGGCCAAAGGCAAGCAGAAACGAUCCUUUAAAGAUAAACAGAUCGCCUUGCGCAAUGCGCUGCUGAAACAGAAGAAGAUGGGCUUGAAGAAAUAAUCCACGUAACUUCAAAUAAUCGGACGUAUAAGCAAAUGUAACGAAAAAAAAGACUCGGAUUCAAAUAUACUUCCUCACCGUC